AGGGAUACGUGAAUCAAACUUGUAAUAAUAAUGAUGUUAUCGAUAUCAACACUUGUUUACUCGUUCGGUGGCUUGAAGAAAUUAGUCUCAGUAACACUUCGGCUCCUGUGACAAUCACACAUAAAUAUUAAUAAAUACAUUUUAGUCCUUUCCUUACCAAUGCAGUUGCGCUGUAAAUGCAACAAACUCUUUGAAUUCUUUAUUUGACAAAAGCUACAAGCUAAAUAUAUUUUUGGAUCGUGACGUGAUCACCAAAAAUUUUAUCUAGUCGAAGAUCUAAUUAUAUAUUAAUAUAUAUUAAAUGGCCAACAUGUUAAUAAGGACUAGACAAGUGCGUAAAUGUAGAGUUGCAAUAAUUAUAAGAGUGGUUCUGUUCUUUGGUUUGCCGUCCUGUUAUUUGCUGGCUCGCAAUGUCACGGGCACUUCACCAGAACUUUCCAUUAAACAAUUCAGCGUAACUUCAGGGUCCAUCAGCAGCUACUCGUCCCGCCACUUGCUGGCGGUGGCCGAACCGCAAAAGAACUGCACGCCCGCUGCCAUUUUGGAGUUCCCAUCAGACGGGUUCACUCGACCUCAAAGGCAACAUGGUUUUAUAGCAAUACAUUGUGUUCUGGCGAUCUAUUGCUUUCUCCUGCUGGGUGCGGUGUGUGAACAAUACUUCGUGCCAGCGAUCGAGAUCAUAUGCGAACGACUGGAGAUGGAAGAGGACGUGGCCGGCGCGACAUUCAUGGCGGCGGCCAGUUCCAGCCCCGAGCUGUUCAUCAACUGCGUGGGCACGUUCGUUACCGAGGGCGACCUGGGCGUGGGCGCUGUCGUCGGCUCCGCCGUGUUCAACGUGCUCGCGGUGCCCGCUUGUUGCGGCUUUAUCGCCGGGAAGGCUGUCGAGCUGGACUGGUGGUCCGUAUCCCGCGACUGCCUCAUGUACGCCGUGGCUGUGGUGGCGCUCAUCCUCACGCUCCUCGACAACAAGGUGCUCUGGUACGAGGCGCUGAUGCUCGUGCUCAUGUACACUCUUUACAUACUAGCUAUGGCAUUCAACGGGCGUUUGGGAUCCUUCGUGAGAAGUGGAUGUUGCUAUUUGAAUAAGCCUAAAAUGUAUAGUGAAAUAACCCCUCUUCUUGCUAAAGGUGCAGAGAAAAGCUAUUCAGUAGUUACAGACAACAAUAACAACAACAACGCGUUUAAUAAAAUAAAUCAUCGUCUCGACUUGGAAAACGGUAUAGAAAUGGCAAGAAGGCACAAUUCGAGUGACUCAGAGUCGAACUCCAGUGCCAUAUGGCCGUGGCCAGGGGAGAAAUCAUCGAGGUGGCACAAGGCGUUGUGGGUGUUGACGUGGCCCAUCAGCCUGCUGCUGUGGCUGAGCGUGCCCGACUGCCGCCGCCGCCGCUCUCUCUAUCCGCUCACCUUCCUCAUGUGCAUCGCAUGGAUCGGCGGAGUCUCUUAUAUAGUAGCUUGGAUCAUCACUAUUAUAGGUGACACUCUCGAUGUUCCCGACAGCAUCACCGGGCUGACGAUCCUAGCCGCGGGCACCAGCCUCCCCGAAGCCGUGUCCAGCGUGCUCGUAACCAAACAAGGGCACGGCACCAUGGGUAUAAGCAACACGAUCGGCUCGAACACGUUCGACAUCCUUCUGUGUUUGGGGUUGCCGUGGCUCGUGAAGUCGCUAUUCUACCCAGCUUCACCAAAAAAUCACUGGGUGGCAAUAAACUCUAGCGGUUUGUCGUACAGCGCCAUCUCGCUGCUGUCCACGCUGUUCGCCCUGUACGGGUCGCUGGCGCUGAACAAGUUCCGGCUGGACUGCAAGGUCGGCGUGGCCUGCGCGGCGCUCUACCUCGGCUACCUGGUGCUCGCUGCGCUCAUCGAGCUCAACGUCUUCUUCCCAGUCAACCUACCCGUCUGCCUGCAUUGAACAAAAGUUCCUGUCUUCUCCAUUCUUUAAAACUCCUCGUAAGGUAGAUAAGUACUCGACGCACUUUUCCGAAAAUACUUAGGCAAAAUUAAACUGCUUCCGAAAUAUUUGCUAUUUAUUUAAACGAUUAUUCAAGAUGUCGUAAAAUGUAAUUGUAAUGUAAAAUUUCCCCCUCUUUUAUUCAUCUGUUUCAUGCAGAGACCGAAUAACCGGUAUCGGUACACCUCUUUUUAUUUUAUUAUAAGAUUUUACAAAUAUCAUUUUAGAAAUCAAAUAAGAUGCUAAUAGGGUGACUGCUAUAGUUAUUGGCAACUAGAGAGGCUUUAUUGGCUUGUUUCUUACUGAUUUGUUAGGUGUGGCAAAUUACUUUGUAGUGGCCACAAUAACUAUAGCAGUCACCCUAUAACUAAUAUAAAAUAAUAUAUAUAGACAAACAGACAAGACUGUUAUCUGUUAAAUGCGACGUUAUUUUAUAGUUGCUAUUGAUUGUUGCUGUUGAAGUUACUAUUUCUAACACUAGAGGGAGUGAAUGUGGAUAAAUUAUAUGCAUCAAGUAUUUAUAGGAUUCUGGUAACCACAAUAGACAAUUUCUUGUAAACCAAAUGAAUUUUGGAAAUUUUUCUUAUAACAUACAAUUAUCCAACUAAAUAAAUCGAUUGAAAUAUUAAUGGAAAUCAUAUCGAAGCAUUAUCCAAUAAGCUGAACCAUAGAGUAACUGAUACUAAAGCGUUACUGUCAUAGUAAAUUUUGUAACCCCAGUAAAUUCACUGCCAUCUGUCGACAUACUUUAAAACUAAAAAUGAAGAUUUAUAAAAAUACGAUAGAAUGUAUUUAAAUAUAGAUAAAUGAUUUUUUUUAUUUGCAUUAAUUAUUUUUAUGAUUUUGACCCAUGUUCUGUCACUGAUAUGCGUUAAAAUUGUUAAAUAACAAACGAAACCGUCAACGCCAUCUAUACGACUGUAGGCCAAAACUAGUAGCGCCCUCUGAACGAGAAUCAAAUUUUCUUGAUUUUCGAGGCACGUUUUUUCCAUCUAUUACGGAGUUAUAUCUAUCUUUGGCUGAACGAAUACAGAGACUUACCUACCUAUUUAUUAUCUUAUUACUUUUCAUAAAACUUGUUUGUAAAUGGCGUUAUACCGAGCAUAAUAAUUUAUAUUGGGAAAACACCAUUUACGAGCAAUAUCUGAUUCCAAGGUAGUCACGUUUUUUUCUAAUGACAAGAAAGUCAUGCUGUCUGAAGAGGUUAUAAGUCGAAUAUUUUUUGUAAAUCAAGCUAAAUAGUUGGAAUGUUAACAAUAUGUUAAUAAGUUCAACAAUAUGGCGGACGUUUUUAUAUGUAUAUAUUAUAAUCAACACUUUGUUAUAGCUAUUAAUUUCCUUGCAAGCGUGAUGAAAGAUGUCGUGUGUGACAAUAUAUGGGCAACUUUUAAAUUGUUAUUGAAAACUACAAAAUUUCAGUCCUGAAACCCAUUUGACCUUUCAUUAAUAGUAUUAGCCAUACCAAAGAGAAUUAUAUCUCUCUAUUGUAAUAGAGAGGUAAACACUAUGAAAAAACGUGCCCCCUUAGUUUGACAUCCAAACUAGAUGGCGCUAUACUGCGUCAUAUGUUUUGUUUUGCGGUCACUAAAUUGUCAAACGUCAACUUUUGACAAUCAGAGUUACCGCAAAAUGUAUGGAGCUGUACAGCGCCAUCUCGUUUACCUGUCAAAUUCAAAGCACGAAAUUGUCUUAGAUUUUACGCAUCUUACUCAAUCAAUGUAUCUUUGGCAUACCCUUAUGUUUACUUACUUAUUUAGUAUUAGGGUUAUUAUUUACAGAUAAGGAAUUUAAGAUUUCAAUAAAAAUAAGACAAACAA